GCUCUCACCAGCUUUCAUACUGGUUUCGGUAUUUUACUGAGGUCAAUUUCUCAUAAUACUGGAAUUUCUACCGGGGAAUAAUAUCUAUGGCCAACAUUUUAUAGACUACUCCUCAUACCCGAUCUACGCAACCAUGGACUCCUCCGAAGACCCCGUCGUCGCAUCCUAUGAUGUCCUCCUCACAGACUCCGAAAUCUCCAGAUUUGUCCUCCAAUACCUCGACCGAGACCCCAAAAACCCCUACGAUGAAAGCCACAAACAAAAACCGACCGCUCUACGAAUGAAGCCGAAAACUGGGCUAGUGGAGGUCGAUAUUCCCAUUGACCCACGUAUCAACUACGAUGUCACCAAGGGACUGAAGUACGGUGAUGCGAUGAAGAAAAGCCGAACUGCGCGCGAGGGAGGCGGCCAUGGUAUGGCUGGUGGAUUUAGCACCGGGGCUUCGGCACCAGCGGGGAACCGGGUGAAAAUGGAGGGCAAUGGAGAUGUGGAGAUGGGAGGGAUGGAUAGUAAAGGGGACACGGCUUCUCUAUUACGGGUGCAGACGCUUGGAGGAAGAGUUAAGACCGCCGAGGAAGGGGACCCGGUUUAUAUGUUGGCCGCAUUUCGAGGGAAGAAUUUGCACCUGUCUCCUGUUUCCGCUGUUGUGCAGCUGCAACCUCAACUUCACCACCUUGAUGCUCUAGAGGAGAUACCUUCAAAAGCCAGAGGGAAGGCUCGGAACGAGGGCAAUGAGGAGAAGUCCGCCGAAGCCGAAGGUCGCACAAUUGAUGUCAAGAUCAAGGCCGCCGAGGAUGGAGAACAGGCCAUGGUUGCAGGUAACCUGGAACUUCUGAAGCAGAUGCAAGAUGAAAAAUGGAACUCGUACGACUGGGUUGAUGCAGAGGACUACGAGGCAUAUCAAACAUACGAGGAUUACAUGAUUCACCAGAAUAUUGAUGAUCUUCCGCAACUUGAGUCAGCCAUCGAGAGCGAAGACUAUCUUGACAAGAUGAGCGCGCCCCGUAUCGAUCCAGCACGGCCAGAGAUGACCGGUUGGGCCAUGAAACAAAACCGAAAGAAGCAGGGAGAAGGUGAAACGCCCGAGAGUGGCACGGAGGAGGGAUGAUUGAAGUUCUGAAAUGAAUAAAAGAAAAAAAAAAAAAGCAGAAGCCUAUGAAAUGCAACGAUUGUAUGCCUCCUUAUUCUAUGCACUUCGUCUUGUAGCUUGUUGUAGUCUACAGUUGAAGUCUCAUGCUCCAUGUGUGUAAACCACGACUUGAUAUUGAAAACAGGAACCCCUUCAGCAAAUUC